CUUUAUACAACAUGGUAGAAAAAAAAUUUGAAGUUGGCGAAGGACAACUCCUACGAUUAGUAGUUGGUGCUUGCGCAUUAUUAGCAAUUAGGGAAGAAAAAAUUCCGAAAACUAUGCGUGAAGUUGCGUUGCUAGUUAUUAAUGCAAUCAAUAAAUUAUUUGAAAAUCAAAAUGUUAAACUUCCGAUAUACACUGAUAUUAGACAACUCGAUCAUCUCAAAUAUGAUUUAUCAGUAUUAAAUGCACAAUAUUAUGAUGAUUACUUGGAUGAAGAAACAACAAACAAUUCGAGCGAUGAUUUUUCAUUACUUAAAUAUUCUGAUAAUGAUAACCUUGUUAGCGGAAGACAACCCUCCCCCAUCGGUGCGGCAAUUGUUUUGCUUGCAAUUGAGGCUACUGAAAAACCGAGUUUUGAUGAAUGGAAAAAUAAUCACAGACGUGCAUCUGAAAUUAUUGGAAGAAUAUUUCAAAUUGAUCCAAAGUUGACAAUGAAUGAUAGAUAUAGAGAGAUGGUUAAUUUGAUGCAUUCCAAGGUCAACGCUCUCCCUUGGAGUUCUCUUUCACAGGAAUGUAGACAAAAUGUUCGGCAUUCUGAUCAAGAUGCUAAUAAUGAACUCAUCGAAAUCGAGAUGAACAAAGACCUUGAUUGCAGAGACGUUGUCCAGGAACUAAAUAAAAAAAACGAUGAAGCUGGUGUAGCAAAUUCAAGAGAUUUAGAAUUCUAUUCCGAUAGAGAAACUGAUGAAUCGGAUUUCUUUUUGGAUGACGAUGAGUUAGAAGAUUAUGUACGAGAUGAAGAUGAGAUUGAACUCGCCAAGGAAUCUUGGGAGCUUUAUCAUCAAGAAGAUUCUAAUGGUAAAGAAAAGCAAUCGAAAGAUGCGAAAAUACUCCGUGAAAGAGGUAUCUCUAAAAAGUCUAAGACAACCGAUGUUAAUAACAAGAGGAAUGCACAUCUGGAAACUGCUUUGGAAAACAGAUCU